AUGGCAGCUAAUUUCCCAACCCAACAAGAAGUCGACAGGUUCAAUUACUGGGAAGGUUAUAGAAAUGUGAAUCCACAAAACUUGGAUGCUCAACAACUUCACAAUCUAAGGCAGGCCAAUUAUCAACGACCUGCGCCCCCUCCUCCACUCGUAGUGCCACUAUUCGCCGGAUGGGCUCCGGCAGUUGUUCCCGCUCCUCCAGCACCGAAUCUGGCGCAACAAUACUUGAUACAGAAUUUCUUGAAUUCUCAACCUGCUGAGUUAACAUCACUACAAGAUUCAGCUUUGGCUGCCAAUUGGAGCAGCACUAAGCUUCUCGGAUCCGGUGCGGGUGGUUUGGUAGGAUUGUGGGAGUAUCGCGGCCCACAAGCUGGGAAGCCAAGAACGACGCAAGUAGCCGUAAAGGAAACAACAAGAGCUCUCCCAGAUAGAGACUUGGAGAACGAAGCCAGAAUGAUUCAGCUUCUUGAACGAGUGAAAACAGAUCACUUCAUGUCUGGCGAGCUCUUCCUUCAGAAGCUACUCUGUACCUACCUAUGGGAGAAAGCUGAUGGAAUUUGCGUGCUAGAAGAUGGCGGGGAACCAUUCUUGGAUGACCGCGGAAGAGGGGCAGUAUUUGAAAAGCAGGGAUGGCAAUCGAAGAUUCACUUUGAUGUCAAGCCCGAGAACAUACUUGUCAAGGAGCAAAGGGAAGACCACUUAAAGACCCCACUUUCCAUGGAACAAUUUUCGAAGGAGUGGGAUGCGCUCAAUUGGAAUGCCGGAGGUGUUGCGGGUGAAUACAGCACUAAGACCAAUGUCUGGGGUGUGGGUUGCUUAAUGUAUAGCCUUGUCUCCCUACACGAGGCAUCACCUGACCCACAACAACCCUUCCAACCCACAUGGACAUUGAACGGAAACGAAGCACAAGGUAUAACCUACGGACAUGAUCUGAACUCCUUUUCUGGAUUUUAUAGCACCCAAUCGACCGAUCUCGUACAAGAAUGCCUCUAUCACGUCCCAGCCCAUAGACCAAGUGUUCUACGUUUAAAGCGCAUGGUUGCCGAAGGGAAAAUUGCUGCAGUGCGAGCAGGCGCAGUAGCAGAUAGCUGGGCCAUAUUCUUGCCAUCACUUCCUCCGGCUCCAGCCCCAGCCCCAGCCCCAGGCGCACCACCUGCAAGACCAGGACGGGGACCUCGAGCGCAUAGGUGCUGUGGCCAGAACAAAGACAGAAAGCAGACUAGAUGCAAAAAUAGGGUGCUUGACCCGAAGAGUCCAUACUGCUUUAAGCAUGGUCCUAGACGACCCUGAAAUUCCCCCGUUAGUCGCGUGGUGGGGAAGUGUCAUAGGUCGGAAUGGAAUAAUAAAUAUCUGCGCUGGCUG